AUGACGACGAACAACAACAACCUGCCCCCCGCCCCCGCCCUCGAGCCCGAGCACCAGCUCACCGUCUUCGUGCACCACUCCCAGCCCGCACCGACGGCGACCCGGGAGUUCAGCGACCGAGUCAGGGCCCUCGGCAAGCGGCACCUCCUCGUCGCAUACACGGCUGCUAUUGCCCGGCAGGGGCCGCCCUUCAUGAUGGGCGCUGAGCUCGACGCAUACAUCGAGCAGAACUACAGGGCCUUUGUGGAGACCUGGGUCGGCCGCUACAACUGGCGCGCUAGGAUGCGGGGCGCCCCGAGCAUUGAAGUGUUGACCAGCAUGGAGGAGGGGAUGAUCAUCUUCGAGACGUACGUGGGCGUCGUCGCCUCUCAGAAGCGCUACGGCGAGAUCACCGACUGGAUCGCGAGGCUCGUCCACCUCGGGUGA